AUGCGCCUGAGGGCCUUUUCCUUCCUUCCUGAGAAGGUAAAGAGAAAAUUGCGCUUGGCCUACCCCGUCUUUGAAGACAUGGAAGGAGGACGGGUGCAUGCACCUGUGGAAUAUAGCCAAAUAAAAGAAUUGGCGGAAUCGGUUAGAAAAUAUGGCGUUACCGCUAAUUUUACCCUAGCCCAAUUAGACAGAUUGGCUAUGACUGCCAUGACCCCGGCUGACUGGCAAACGGUCACCAAAGCAUCACUUGUUAGUAUGGGUCAAUAUAUGGAAUGGAAAGCCCUUUGGUAUGAAGCGGCCCAGGAGCAAGCCAGAGCCAAUGCCAUGGCUCUGACUCCAGAACAACAACAAUGGACGUUCGAUCUCCUAACUGGCCAAGGGCGUUUUACCGUUAAUCAGACUGAUUAUCAUUGGGGUGCAUAUCGACAGAUUGCUGACACAGCCAUUAGGGCAUGGAAAGCACUCUCUAGAAAAGGAGAAGCGAAUAAUCAGCUCACUAAGAUCAUUCAGGGCGUACAAGAACCUUUUUCAGACUUUGUGGAGCGAAUGACAGAGGCAGCAGGACGUAUCUUUGGCGAUCCUGAAACGGCCGCGCCUUUUAUCGAACAGCUCAUUUUUGAACAAGCCACCCAGGAAUGUCGCACAGCCAUAGCCCCCAGAAAAAGAGAAAAGGCUUCUCAUGUCAUUCAACAUUGCCUUGAGGCAUGGAGUGCUUGGGGCAAGCCCACAUUUUUAAAAACUGAUAAUGGGCCUGCCGAUACCUCUCAAAAGUUUAAGCAAUUUUGUUUGCAACUGCAAGUUACACACAAUACAGGCCUGCCCUAUAAUCCUCAGGGACAAGGCGUUGUUGAGCGAGAACAUCGCACACUUAAGUCUUAUCUAAUUACAAAAAGAGGAAUAAUGAAGGAGUUGCCCCCGACGCCAAGAGUGGCCAUUGCCACUGCUUUGUUCACUAUAAAUUUUUUAAAUUUGGAUGACCGUGAUCAGACCGCGGCGGAUCGACACUGUUCGCAGCCAGGCGGCCAAAGGAACUUGUAA